AUGAUCUCCCUCGGAUCCUUGACCCGCUCGGCCGCCGACACAGGCAGCAAGCUCGGCCUCUGGGCGCGCAUCGCGAUACGCGCUCUCCAGUUUAUCUUUGCCAUCACGGUCGCCGGUCUCUACGGCACCGACCUUGCCAACGCGCAGAAAGCCAACAAGUACGCGGAUUCGAAGUGGGUGUACGCCGAGGUCGUCGCCGCGCUGUCAGCCAUCACGGUGCUCGUCUACCUGAUCCCGUUUAUCAAGACGUGGAUCUUCUUCAUCUGGGAUGUGAUACUGUUCAUCCUCUGGACGGCCGUCUUCGGCGUUUUCGGCCAGCUGUACAUCAACGAGAAACCGGAGGGCAACGGCGGCAUCCAGCGCAUGAAGAACGCGGUCUGGAUCGACCUCAUCAACAUGCUGCUUUGGUUCGUCACGGCGUGCUAUGGCGCGUUUUUGUUCUUCUUCCAUAGGAGGAGGACGCUGCAUACUGGCAGGGCGGUAGUUUAG